UAUAUACACACACACCUACUUCUUCUUUAUCACAAUAUAUUCGAACAAUCACUUUAAUGUCAAAUCGUAUGCAUAUAAUAAUAAGAUCAAGUUGGUUUUCAAUGGAACAACCGUCAAAUGUUAUAGUAUAAUAUUUCUAAUCGUAAGAUUUGAAUUUUCAGCGAAUAAAUAAUGGACGUUGGUAUAUAUAUAUAUAUAUACAUACAUACAUACAUACAUACAUACGCACACCUGUCCAGAUGUUAGAAUUUCAAAGAUGCGCGGGGAAGUGAUCCUAUUUGUUUCUUCCCUAUCGAUUGUAUUUUAAACUGGACAAUCGUUAUUACUUUUUUGCUGGAUGGGCAAUUCCAACGUAAAGAAAAAAUACCACGACCAUCAGAAAUAUGCUAGUCAGUAUAGUCUCAUUGACAUCAUCGGUGGGAGUUGUGCUGGAUCAACGAGAUCAUUUCAAGUAGAAAUCAAAUCAUGGUCACGGUCCUCCUAUAGAAGCAUAUUCCAUGAUUCUCUUAGUUCUUCUAAAACGGCCUGGCCGAUACCUAGGUCUGAAGCUAUCUUUCUGCCAGAAUUUAAAGUCAGAAAGAUGACUUUAAAUACAGAAUAUAGCUUUCUCGACGUCAUUGCUAAAGGUGCAUAUGGAAGAGUUUAUAAAGUUCAGAGUCGGGAAAAUAGGCAAGUUUUUGCUUUGAAAGUUAUUAGCAAAGCUAAAAUUAUCACCGAGAAUGCCGUUACUCAGGCAAAACAGGAGGUAGCUAUACAAAGAAUGGUCGGGCAUCAUCCCUUUAUAGUAAAUUCUACCCAUAGAUGGCAAAGUAGUAAAACGUUAUACAUAUUAACAGAUUACAUGUGCGGCGGGGAAUUAUUUUCAUUAGUAGAGAAGUAUGGGUGUUUGCCUGAAGAAGUAGUUAGAAUAUAUGUCGCCGAAGUUGCUUUAGCUAUUGAUUUUUUACAUAAUGCUGGAGUGGUGCACAGAGAUUUGAAAGCAACAAAUAUUUUAUUGGAUGAAGAAGGGCAUGCUAUGAUUAUAGAUUUUGGUUUAUCCAAAUGGUUACAUCGUACGCAAAGGACAAAUACUUUUUGUGGGACUCCUGAGUACAUGGCGCCAGAAAUUUUAAAAAGGCAAUCUUAUGGUCAAGAAGUCGACUGGUGGUCUCUUGGUGUUUUGAUGUGCUUUCUACUCACCAAUCGGUAUCCAUCCAAUGUACCCUGCGAACUUUUCUCAGAUCGCAUUGAGCAGAAUUCUCCUGUCGCACCGGGGACUCUACCAGCCGGUACCAAUCUCUCUCACGCAGCAACGGAUCUUCUCAAGCGAUUAUUGCAGCCGGAUCCAUUGUUGAGACUCCGAUCGAUAUUAACCCUUCAAACGCUUGCUUUUUAUAUGGGCCAUAGCGUGCAGAGUUAUAUGUAUAAAAAAGAAUCUCCAUUUAAGUUAUUGGGCCGGUCGAAAGAGCCAAUGAAGAAUUCUUUGAAUGCACAAAUGCGCUUCGACUUCGCCGACUUCGACUCUUUCGUUGUUAGAGAUCGUUGUUGAACGUAUAGAGCAAUGCUGAGAGAGAAAUCCGCACGAUAGUAAAAAAUGCAGCGUCUAUGUUAUAUCUCCAUUAAAUUAAUGGACUAAAGUGAUCAAUUGUGCAGUAUAUUUGUUAAACCGAACAUGUUCAAGUCAAACAGUAAACAUACAGCAUUUAAACGUUAUGUUCACAUAUGUACCUGCUGACCAGCUAAGAGCAAAACUUGUUAAAAUAAGUGAUAAGAUGAUGUUGAUUGGUUAUGAGAAUAAUAGUGGGUUGGCCAAUAAGUAAUGUCAAAAGUUUUAUUAAUUUAUAACUUAUAAGUAAAUAACACUGGUGUUGUUUAUUCAUAAGAUGUUUGUAUGAUAUUUUAUAUCAGAAUAUGUAACAUUGUAGUAUUUUUUUAUUAAAGAAUUUAUUACAAAAUAUCUAGAAUUUUGCGUGUAAACGAAAAAAAAUAUAUUACAAUAAAUGACAUUAAUAUUCUUUUUUUUUUUUUUUUUUUAAUUCCGACAUUAUUUAUCGGACAUCUCCAAUAAUUGCGGGAUUGCCUGUUAUUAAAACAAAUACAAUUAAAGUCUACGGAAAUGUGAUUUUCGAUAGAACUAAAGCGCUGAAAGUUAAACAAAAUAUUACAGAAAUAUUUAUAGAAAAUGAAAAUCAUUCCGAAUUGAAUGUGCCAUCACCUUAGGAGCUAUCUUCCUAGGAAAAUAUUAAUAUUUUAUAAUUAAAUAAGGAGCAAUCAGAAUAGAUCAAUUUUACAUAAAAAAAAUCAGCAGAUACCUGUGAGCAUAAAAAAUUUACAACUUUAUAACUAUCUAAAAAUAAUAAAUGAUUUUCGAUUAAACAUAUAAAAAUUAAUUAUUUCAUUCACGCAUGAAAAUAAUAAUAACGAAAUGACAUAUUAGAAUAAGUGGCAUCGAAUCUUGCCAAUUUAGACGAUAUUUCGUGUUUCAACAUAUAAAUGCAAAAAUAUGUUUCUAUUGAAGUCUGAUAUGAUAUAAAAUAAUAUUAACAAUUCAUAAAUGAUUAAAUCAAACUUAUAAAACAUUAUAUAUAAUAUAAAUGAGAAGCUAUUUACGAACCGAAAUUAACGAAGCGAGAACAGGCCUGAACACGUCUGUUAAGCUGCUUGUGCGAAUGAGAACUGCGUAACAUAUUAGUAAGAACGAACGAAGUCAUGUAAUGGUUUUCAAUCGUCCUUUGAUUGUUUACAUCUGCUUAAACCUGUAUAUAUUUCUCUGAGUGAUAUAUAUAUAUAUAUAUAUAUACAAACACAGCGAUUGCUUCUUGUUUUUAUCAUUGUCGGAGACUGGAUCGUUCGUAAACAUUAUUAGUGGGGGAACUUUCAAGCUAUUAUUUAUAUUUUAAUAUUAUCUGUCUCUCUCUCUCUCCCUCUGUUAAGAGCACCGCCGUAUCUAUUUGAAAAUGGAUAAAGUUACGUGUGCCUGCAGGAUGAUUGCGUUUCAAAUGUUAUUUCCAUUGUACUACGUAGUUUUCUUAGUUUCUACGCUACUCGGAAAACUGACAAAUAUUGAAUGGAUAUUAGUAAAGUAGAAAAUUAAUUUCAUAAGAAUGUAUAUGCGUGGAUGAAUUAGCGAUAUUUGUAUCUCUACGUAAGAAAGAUAUCUGUAUGUAUAUGAAAAUCGUAUAUAUGACGAAAUAAAAUCGAACACGACGAA